AUGACACACUUUCGACCAAUAACUUCUCAUAAUCACACAAAGGAACCGCAUCAAAAGAGGAGUUGCAACGAAGGAUUUGAUUAUGGUUCCUUGAUGUUUACAAGCUCGAUGAGAAAGAAAUGGACAUUAUUGUGUCAGCCAACUUCACUACCAUGCGUCGUCUCUGUUUCACCUGUUCUUCUUCAGCUAGGGUUUCGAAAAUCUGAUUACGAUAAAUUCAACAUCGACCAGCUAUUGGAAUCCUUCUUGGCCCUCUCCGAUUCCGCCUCAGUUGAAGCCGCAUUCAAUCGCCUCGUCGAAUCUAGGUCCACCUAUUCCGAUCAAAACGAUCUGAUCGAACAUGCUUUCCAGUGCGGAUCCAACCUGCUCGAAGCUAUCAAGAGAACCAUUCGUAAACGCUCCCCCAUCCAUAAUGCAUUCGGCUGGCCUCUCCCACAUGAUCUCACUGUCAAGGUUUUUUCUAGGCUCGAUACACGAAGCGUAUUAUGUGCUGCGGCUACGUGUCGAUACUUUCAGAAGUGUGCUACAGAUCCUUUGUGCUUUGCUAAUAUGGACGUGGCUAUUUCACCUCUCAAGGUCGACAGUGUCGGGUUAUCUAAGAUGAUUGAACUAGCUGGAAAUGCGCUUCAGUCUAUUAAGCUUGGUGUACUGCCGCCUUUGCCGCCUUUGCCGCCUUUACCGCCUUCUCUGGAUUACGAAUGCUAUUUAUAUAUCUUGCCAGUGUCUUUCUUGAGAUCUUCUUUUGAGUGCAAAUGGUGGUGCAGCUGGGUCGUGUUUAAGAAGAUUGCAUCUGUACGAUAUUCCAACUCCAACGAUCGAUGGGGAGGAAAUUGA